AUGUAUCGCCCGAGACUAUUGGGCCAGAGUCUUCGGGGCUUCACUUACGCCCAAACAUAUCGUCGAACAUAUAUCACAGAUGCUGAUGUUGAAUCUGCGAGAAGAUAUUGCUUGACACAAUUACAAAAUAGCGACUAUGAUGCUCAUCUCAUUCGCCGCUUUGUCCCCUCUUCAGUACAAGACACCUACGCUGCUCUACGUACCCUCAACCUUGAGCUUGUUCGCCUCCCCGAGCUCGUUUCUAACCCUACGAUUGGAACCUUCCGAAUGAAAUUCUGGCAAGAAUCCAUUGACAACACUUUCGCGGGCCGUCCCCCUCGCGAACCCAUUUGCAUCCUCCUCCACAAGGGUCUACAAGAUCUGGAAGCCCGCGAUGGCAAUUCUACCAAGAAAUCAAUCAAAUUUUGGAUCUCAAGAUUAAUAAAAACCAGAGAAAAGCAUAUGACAAACAGGCCUUUUGCGAAUUUGGCGAGCUUGGAGGAGUAUGCUGAGAAUACAUAUUCGACUCUCAUGUACACGACAUUAGCAUCACUUCCACUGAGAUCAAUGCAUGUCGACCAUCUCGCAAGUCAUAUCGGAAAGGCUUGCGGUAUCGCUGCGGUCCUACGUGGCAUCCCUAUUCUGGCGGCACCUCCCCCUCCAGUAAAUACACCUUCUGGUCAGGUUCCAGCUGUGCGGGAGCCUGCGCUUCUUCUACCAUUGGAUGCCAUGGCUGAAGCAGGUGUUAAAGAAGAGGAGGUCUUUAGGCAAGGACCCAAUGCACCCGGACUUCAAGAUGCUGUAUUCCAGGUCGCAACACGAGCCAAUGACCACCUCAUCACGGCCCGAGAGAUGCUCAAGCGGCUCAAGGCAGGAGAGGAUCCAGGUCACGAAUUCGAGCAUCAGGGAGAAGCUGAGCAUUUCUAUACAGAGGGGAACGACACAUUGAGAGAGAUCCGACAGGGAUUUGGAGUGCUUCUUGAAGCUAUCCCUUCGGCACAGUACUUGCAACGUCUAGAGCAAGCAGAUUUCAACCCAUUCGCCGUCAAGACAGCUGGCUGGAAACUGCCGUGGAGUAUCUGGCAGGCCUUGUCUAAGGAGCGAAUCUAA